UUUUACUCUCGCUAGAUAUUUUUAUCAAAGCGACUUGGUUUUUAUAUAUGUAAACGUGAUAUUUUAUUCUUGCUCGGAAAAAAGUAAGUCAAUACUCAGUUUCAUAUUUGUAUACUUCUUUAAAGUUAUACAUAAUAUUAUGUAAACGCCGUAGCGAUUUACCACAUAAAGAGUCAUUCAGUCAUAGACAUCGACCCGUGGUAGUGUUACGUUAAAAGUAUAUAACUUGCCGUAGUCAGUAUCUGUCAACUCUUACUCGAGCCGCUUCAACUGACUACUCUUUCAUACUAGUACGAGCCAGCGUAAAAAAGAAUUAUUAUGGAUCCGAAAAUAAUGUCAUCAAAGCCAGAUCAAAAUGGCAAUCGACAAUUUCUAAAAAAUAUAACGAAUUUUGAUGAGCCUAGACCGUUGACACUGCGAUUGAUGCAAGACAGCCGCAAGAGGGAUGAGGAAAUAAAGAUUUUGAAACGCCAGAAUCAAGAAUAUCGAAUAAAAGUAGCUUUUUAUCACCAAACCCUGCGACAACAACAACAACAACAACAACAUCAGGAUCGUUAUUACUAUCUUGAACAUGACACAUAUCAUGUUAGAUACAAUAUUUACAUUCCCAGUUCAGUAUCCCGUAAGGCAUUUGACGCUAUAAAUCCGUCUAAAUUCAUAAAAAUAAUGUCACACGCGAUUUGGGGUGAAGAAAAUAUUUCAAAGCUCGUAGUUCGUAAACAAAAAAACACUGGAAACCGCGAGAAAUUAAACGAUAGAAGAUUAGAAUUGCUAUCUAUACACUAUCAACAUUUUUUAAAGAAGCGUAAUUAUUCUGAAGGAGUUUUUGAUUUGCAGAUACGGGCUGUGAAUACAUAUUUAGACCGAGCAAUUCAGAGUGCAAAAAAAAAGUUCGACGAUCAUAGCUUAUGUAUUCUGUAUUUCGGGCCAAAUCUAUUACUUUUAAACUCAACUCUAUUCGAUUUGGAUUAAACCUGUUUAGU